UGAGCUGUCUGAUGUUGUGUUGUAGUCUGUACUAGUGUCUGAACAGGACGAUCAGAGGGGAGCAGUGCGGCAGCAGCAGCAUCAGAGGCGGACUGGGGGGCUAGGAGGAUGCGUCUGAGCUGUGUCCAUUAGGCUGAUCAGAGCCGGAGCACCGACGCAGUGACAGUCUACAGGAAGACACGGGCACACACAUUUAGACACAGAGAAGGAGAGGGAAGUAGAGUAACACACGGAUGCGCACGAGAAAUGAUCCGUUCCUAGACUAUGGCACCGUCGGGCUCGCGUAGUAUCAAGACGGGCUGUCAGAGAGUUUUGUACUGGAUCCCGGUCCUCUUUAUUGCCCUCAUAGUGGCGUGGUCAUACUACGCCUAUGUGUUGCAGCUUUGCAUCGAGUCUAUUGAAGACACGGGACAAAAGGUUAUAUACUUGCUUGUGUACCAUGUCAUCUUCAUCAUGUUUGUGUGGGCUUACUGGCAAACCAUCUUCACCAGGCCCAUGAACCCCCUGAAGGAGUUUCACCUGUCCUACACUGACAAAGAGCUGCUGGAGCGUGAAGAUCGGGGGGAGUCUCAGCAGGAGAUCCUGAGGAGGAUAGCCAAGGAUCUGCCCAUCUACACCCGCACCAACUCUGGAGCAAUCCGUUUCUGCGACCGCUGCCAGCUGCUGAAGCCUGAUCGAUGUCACCAUUGUUCAGUCUGUGAUAAAUGCAUCCUGAAGAUGGAUCACCACUGCCCAUGGGUGAACAACUGUGUGGGAUUCUCCAACUACAAGUUUUUCAUGCUGUUCUUGGCAUAUUCGCUACUCUACUGCCUUUUUAUAACGGCUACAGAUCUUCAGUACUUCAUUAAGUUUUGGAUGGCUGGAGGUAGAGCACAUUUCCGUCUGAGAGAAUAUCUGAACAGCCUUCCAGACACUCAGGCCAAGUUCCACAUCCUGUUCCUCUUCUUCUCGGCCUCCAUGUUCUCAGUGAGCCUGGCUUCGCUUUUCACCUAUCACUGCUGGCUCGUCUGCAAGAACAGAUCCACCCUGGAGGCUGUGCGUUCUCCAGUGUUCCGCCACGGCAUCGAUAAGAACGGUUUCAGUCUGGGCUGCAGUAAGAACUUCCGCCAGGUCUUUGGGGAUGAACUUAAAUACUGGCCGAUUCCUGUUUUCUCCGGUUCAGGCGACGGUUGCUCGUUCCCGGCCUGUCUGGUGAAUCUGGACCCGGAGCAGCCCGGCUCCCCCACGGGCUCCAACCCCGCCAGCAAGGGAGCAGCAGACGGCCGCCAGUUCCCCUCCAAGCCGCUGAGGGAGUCUCAGAGUCGGCUGCUCAGCAGCACCCCCUCCUGGACGGAGAGCGACACUGCAGCAGACAAAAACAACAAGGGUGCCAGUAACCCAGGGAUGACCAUAGAAAAUGAGGCAUAACCUGAGUUAGAGAUAGAGGUGACACCUUCAACCCAGAAAAGUCGAUUCCGCCCCCUCCUCAGUGCUGUGCCUAUCAGAACGUGACGUGGUUGUGACAUCAUCAGUAUUUGUCGUUUUCUAUACUUCACCCUGCUUCUAAAAGGUUUACCUGACUGAGUAUCAGCAGAGACAAAUUCCUUAUCAUCAGAAUUACUCUUAUUGCUAUUGGCAACCAUUUCUGCUGCUAUCUGAAACUAUUUGGGCUUCAGAACAACUUGAAAUAGCAUUCCAACCUUCAUAUUUUCUUUUGUUUGUACAUGAAUUUGAAGAGAGCAGUAACGGAAGAGG